UUCUCGUGGACGCGCUUGGCCGCGGCGCGUCCCCGUGUUUGUAACCGUGGCGCGCUCCUGCGCGACGCUCCGUGACUCAGUGCUGCUCCUGCUUUUUUUACGUUCGCAGCGGCACCUUGGCACCGUCAGCACCGACACUAUAGAGCGGCGAAAAUGUCCAAACUGGAGCAGGUCCUCAUUCUCGAGCCGGCGAACGACCUCAAAUUUAAAGGACCUUUCACAGAUGUUGUUACCACAAACCUUAAGCUGAAAAACCCUUCAGACAGACGAGUAUGUUUCAAAGUGAAGACGACGGCGCCGCGGAGGUACUGCGUACGGCCAAACAGUGGCGUCAUCGAUCCCGGGGCCACGGUCACUAUCUCAGUAAUGCUGCAGCCAUUCGAUUACGAUCCCAAUGAGAAAAGCAAACACAAAUUUAUGGUACAGACCAUUUUUGCACCUCCCAGUGUUUCAGACAUGGAAGCUGUGUGGAAAGAUGCAAAACCCGAUGACCUCAUGGAUUCCAAACUGCGAUGCAUCUUCGAGCUGCCUUCGGAAAACGAUAAAGUGAACGACGUUGACGCGAGCAAGUCUGCUCCCGUGCUCAACUCGUCCAGGGUAGAUGGCCCGUCGGCACCCAAGCCCAGCAGCCUGUCCCUGGACGACACCGAGCUCAAGAAACUCAUGGAGGAGUGCAAGCGACUGCAGUGCGAGGUCAGCAAGCUGGCUGACGAGAACCGGCAGCUCAAGGACGAUGGAGUGAGGAUGAGGAAGGCGCCCCGCUCAGACUUCAUGUCAUCAAACACGGGGGCCCUGAUGGCUAGGGAGCACGGCUCGAGCUCCCUCCCUUCCCUGCUCGUCGUCAUCGCCGCCAUUUUCAUUGGAUUCUUCCUAGGGAAGUUCAUCUUGUAGACGGAGAGCGCAUGCCCACCUGCCUCUUUUUUUUUUAAGGCCCGGAAAACAAAACAAAAAGCAAGAAAAAAGUGUCGUUGUUGACCUGCCACAUCAUUGGUAGUGCGGCCCACAGUGAACACGUUUGUGUACAGUGUCAUUAAACAGGUCUUGCCUUCUAAAAAUCUCACAGUUAGCACACGUGCAGAAGAGACCUUCUUUGGGAAGGGGGUGGGGGGGGGUCAUGGGCGAUUUCGGGAAUUCGCAGGUGAAUAGGAUGAGGUUCAGGGUAGCAGACGGAAGCCUUGAUGGGAAUGAGUAAACGAGCGCAUUGUUCUCCUUUCCUCCUCUCUCGUUUUAAUAGGAGUUGAAUGGAAUGUUAAAUGUCUCUAAAUAUUGUUUUAAUCCUCGUAAGAAAAGGAAAAAGUACCAACAAGAAAGAAAAAAAAAAAAAAAAGACUUUGCUACCUGCUGCCGCAUCACCUCUUUCACACGAAAUCUGUUUGUCCAGUUAGUAACGGUCCACUUUCUCGAGGAACAUCGUCCUCGAGGGGGGGGUGGGUGUCCAAAUCCCCUCGCAUCUCAGAUGUCUGCUCCUUCCAGUGCCGACACGAGUGCAAUUAUUAAUAUUGUUGUCAUUAUUCUUUUUACUUGCCACAAAUUAUAUCUUCUUCAUGAGGCAAAUGUUGACUGAAAUCGGCGUCUCCAUUCUUCCAGUCGUAUUCCAGUGCUAUUUAACACGGAUGACGGUAAUAAAGAAAAGUGUGUAACGUUGUAUUGACCGUUAUUGACCGUUUCAAGUCCCCCUGCGAGCGCACGCUUUGCUUCCUCCUCUCUUCUUCACUUUUCUUAUUUUGACUCUUCAGCACAUUUUGACAUUGGACAUGUUCCACCCCACAGGUGGUUGUGUGUUUAUGACCCUUCUGAUAUGAAUUCACCUCUUUCAUUAAAAAUAAAUGAUGUACCGUUCAGUGUGGUUAUGUGACUGUGUGCUGAAAGGACGGUCGUCAUUUUUCCAUUAAAAUACAUCUUUGCACAGGUCUG